AUGAAGAAUAAAUCUGUUCGGCAUAAGGAUUCCAAUACGUUUAAGUUCUUACCAUUUUCUGAAAGAAUAUCUAAUAUUGACAUUGAUAUUUUCCAUAAAGUCCCCCAUGAAUAUAAUUCACAAGAUGAAGAAAAUGAAACGUUUUUUCAACAAACCAUUACAAAAUGGAGUGUUAUGAAUUUAAGUCAAGGAUAUGAAAAAUUUCAACGAGAUAUACGUUCCUAUGAAUAUAUUACCCUUCCACAACUAUUGUUGGUCAAAGAUCAUCUAAUCAAAACUGUGUUAGAGUAUGUUAAAGAAGGAGAUCCCUUGUAUUUGCAACCACUUUUAGAGUUAAUUGUAGCAUUAGCCAGAGACCUUCAGAAAGAGUUUCAUCAAUAUUUCCCAGAAGUUUUGGAAACCCUCAUUAAACUAAUGAACACAAAAAACACUGAACAACUUGAAUGGAUAUUCACAUGUUUGGCAUACUUGUUCAAAUUUCUUUGGAGAUCCUUAGUAAAAGAUAUACAUUCAGUUUUUAAUACACUUCUUCCUUUGCUAUCUGAUAGCAAACCAGAAUAUAUAAAUAAUUUUGCUGCAGAAAGUUUUGCUUUUGUCGCCAGGAAGGUGAAGGAUAAGAAAACAUUUUUGAAUAUUCUCUUGAAGACUGUUAAAAGUCAACCUGAUGGAGUCCCAGGAUGUGGAAAGUUAUUAUUUCAAGUAAUUUGUGGCGUUGAUGGCCAAUUCCAUAGCUGCGCAGAGACUAUUUUCCCGUUUCUGCUUGAUUCGCUAACAUCUGAAGGUUCAUCCCAGAUCAUACUCUUCGAAGUGUUAGAAAAUGUUAUCGCUAAUUUAGUAAACAAUAUAAAACCGCAAAAAGGAGACUUAGUUUGGUCAACAUACACAUCCACCCUGAAAACAUUAAUUGAGAAAUACAGUGCUAACCCCAACGAGGCUAUUAUUAAUGAUACAAACUAUGUAUUGAAGUUGAUAGGGCACACAGUUGAGUAUAAAAGUGCAAAGUUUGUACAGAAACCUACCUCAUUGAUUGAUAUUCUCUUGGAACUACUCAACACAUUUAAUCAGUCUGAACAAACUGUACUAUUAAUUUGCCAGAUCUGUAUUUUACUUCUCAUAUCGAACAAUUUGAAGCUAUCUCAAGAACAAGCUUCUAUUUUAACCAGAAAAUUACUAUCAACGUCGCACAAAAAAGUAUUUUUAUCUUUCGUUGACAAUAUCAAAACAUCUUCUUCGUUUGAAGCUCUAAUUUUACCGAAUUUUCUACGUUACUGUGUUAAAAACGCCUUAGACGUCGAGUCCUUUCAUCUUUUGGUAAAAAUAUUGAUGCAUAAGUCUCCAUCUUGUGUAAACGGGAUAAAUUUACUCAAUCAUGUGAAAUAUAACUUGGAUUUUAAAGAAUCUAAUGGAUACGUUGUGGAAAUUCUGGUCAAUAAGAUUAAGGAAAGUAGUAAAGCUUUACUAACUGGGGAUGUCGAUGACUAUUAUUGUAGUUUAGUGUGUUUGCCUCAUGUUGCCACUAAAAUAAACGAAGACAUUUUUUCGCUUUUGGAAGAAAUUAUCAACAUGCUUCUAAAGAGUCUUACCGAAGAUCUUUCUAAAUCAGAUAUAAAAAAGUCUCUGUUUUUAAUAAAUAUUACCUUGGAAUGUUUGAUUCAUCUACAUAUUGACCAUAAAAGACUGUUUAAACUCUUCGAGGACCAUAUUUUUGAACACUUGUUGAACCUUGCCGGAAAGUUGGAAUACAUCAGUAGUUUACAGAGUCUUGAUUUAGUGAUUACUUAUUUAGGAAGAGAAGAUCCCGAUUGUCUUUCUAUGAAUUUGCUCUUGAAGAUAAAUCAGGGUUUGAAAAAUAAUUUUAAUUCUCCAUUUCACGAGGUGCGACUGUUGACUGCACAUGUAUACACCGCUUUCGAGCAUUUACCAGAUUUCAAAUUAAAACAUAGUACAGAUCCAGAGGCACACACGGAAGAAUGGAAAGUGUUCAGCCUCAUGUACAAAGUAGAAUCAAUAGAAGCUCAUGUGCAUACCUACAGAGAUCAAUUGCAAAGUUUAGAGAGGUUAACUUUCGAUAAACCUCAAAUGCUGAUGUGCAAGCAGACUGCGUUCUCUACGAUACCACUUCGGUAUCUCUGUGGAACGUUAUUUAUAAAUUUUCAGCUUCUUUGGGAACCAGUCAUAAAAAUUAUUACAUCGUACGCCAACGGAAUGGAAAUAAAUACCUUCUGGGAGAUCUUUGGAGAAGAAUUAAAACUUGCUCCUCAGUUGAUAUCGACCCCUCCAGAACCGUCUGUGGAUCUACUUCAGAGUUCUUGUACUACUUUAGGAGAUUUCUACCAAGAAAUACAAACGCUUAAAUCAAAACCUGAUUUUAGCAACUACCGACUUUUGCUAUGGAAGGCUUUGGUGUCUUUUGCUAAUGUUGCUGAAGCAAAAACUAGGGAUGUAUCACAAUUACUUUUGACGUUUGUAUCUACAGAGUAUAUGGUAGCCAGUUCGGACUCAGUACCUUCUCAAAGCAUUAAACAAAAUGUUCAGACAGAUGCCCUCGAUGAAAGUUGUGCUGACAAGGACGAUACAGAAGAUUCCGAAGAACGCCGAACCAACAAAGGCAGUCGUAAAAAUGGCAAAAUAUUGAUAAAAACGUUAUUGCAAACAUUGAACGUUUUUGCACAAUUCAAGAGCCCUUUGUCGAUGUACAGAGAACCGGAACUUGCUAAGCUCUACUUCGAUUUGCUUCAAAACAAAGAUUCUGGAAUUCAAAAAGCCGCCCUCGAUUGUAUUUUUACCUACAAACACAAAUAUUUAUCCCCGUAUAAAGAAAGUCUGUAUAAUAUGGUCGAUGAUAAGAAUUUCAAGAACGAAAUGACUACAUUCAGGGUAGAUAAAGACAGCAAUUUGGUUCUAUCUGAACAUCGAGAUGGCUUGAUUCCAAUAGUGAUGCAAAUAGUUUUCGGAAAAAUGAACAUUAAAACAGGCUUAAGAACGGGAGGUAAAUCGUCGAGCCAAAUGAGAAGAAGUACAGUUUUCAGAUUCCUAGCUGGGUGCCAAGAAAAAGAACUAUUGGGAUUCUUGCAAAAAGUUCUUAGAGUGUAUAAUAAGUUCCUCGUCGAUGAUUCGUUCGAUAUGGUAAACACAGUUUACAAAGAUUGCAACUUAGAAACAUUUUUACCGCCUAAAAGAUUGCUAAGUACCAUCAAUUUGUUGGGAGUUAUUCACGAGCAAUGUGGAGGUCUGAUGGGCGAUGAAAUUUUGACGUAUCUCUUAAACGUCAUCCUCGUUAUUGGUAGUCACUUGAAGUUUGCAUUUGACCACAUUUCCGAAGUACACGCAGGCUAUCUCGCAAUAAUAAGAAACCUAAGAGUAUCGUGUAUCAAAAUAGUAGAAAAAUUCUUCGACCAUUUCGAUCAAUACCCUUGGACAACACGACAAAUUGACGCCCUAUUUGCAGUCUUUGUUUGGCCAUAUUUAGACAAACUGAACAUUGAAGGUAUACACAGUCCGACAGCUCUACUAAAACUAAUAGUUCAAUGGGGAUCAAAUCCCAGAUAUUUCUGUUUGUUGGUAAAGUAUAGAAACGUAGAUCCGAAUCAGUAUAUUUUACCGCAUGUUUUGAAGUUGUUGGUUAACGAAAAAAGUCACAUUAGUGUUGUUAAUGUGAUAGAAGAGAUGUUGGAAAAACUUCUUAGUUUGCAACCAGACGAAGACGACAUUAAAAAUGCUCUGCAAGUGAACGAUGUAGUCACGAUUGAACAAGAUAUUUUAGAUAAAGUCGGCAUCGUAGAUAACUUGAACUAUGGUAGUAUGAUUCUGCUUCCACAUGUUUCUAUUAUUCUCUCAAAAAUAGAAAAGAAACUCUUGACCAAAUCUAAAAAUCUGAACCAGAAAGAAUUGUUCAUACUAUCCAGGAUUUCCGAGUUAGUUUGGGAUCCUUUACUCAGCGAUAAAAUAUUGGAUCUCCUUUUGCCGGUUGUUCUUAAAAAGUGUGCAAGAUCUUUACCCGAAGAAGUAGUUUUAAAGUACAUUACUACAAUAUUAAAUCUGAUGCAGAACGUUGCAAAACCAGAGAUACAUUUGAAACAAGUGUCGCCCUUGUUCUUCGAAGUGUCAUAUCCUUCUAGUAGAAAACUGUUGGUCCAAAUAGUGAACGUUAUGUUCAAAAAGUCUGACGGUUUAAAAUUGAUAUCGGAGUUAGUAGGUGAACUGAACGCUUUUGAUAAAAAGUGGGUGGAUCAACCAGACUUCGAAAGGCGCCAUAAUGCCUUCAAAAAAGUACAGGAAUAUCUGUCAGAGGGAAAAAUAGAUGCAAAGUUAGGAGUUAUAAUAAUAUAUAACUGCUGUUAUUUUAUAUCUCACGAAAGUGAUCUAUCAGCAAGGGAGAAUAGCUCACAUACCCUAAAAAAGGUAGCUGUGCAUUUAACUCAAAAUUAUCCUAGACAAUCUGAUUUGAUUUUGAACGAAACUUUAUUUAAUCUCAUACGAACUGGUUUUAAAAGUGUCAAGGAUGAAGUCCGACAUGAGUAUAUAUCUUUGUUGGGUCAUCUAGCUAGAGAGUGUCCUGAUGCACAUUUUAUCCUUAGGGAUUUGAAUAAAUACGCUAAUAAAGCUGAUCCUGAAGUUGAUUUCUUUGAAAACUUAAUCCAUCUUCAAUUACACAGACAUGCUAGAGCGUUGCUAAAGUUCUGCCAGAUUACCAAAGAGCAAACAGAAUCACCCAAUCCAAGAACUCUUACUCAAUUUAUUUUGCCCUUGGCUUCUCAUUAUUUAUAUAAGGAAAAAUACGUGAGCAAAAAUAGCGUCAUUGAUGCUGCAAUUGAAGCUGUAGGUGUGGUUUGCAGGAUUCUACCUUGGCAUCAAUAUGAAGGAGUAUUAAAGUAUUAUUUGUUGAAGUUAAGUGGAAAAUUGGAGUACCAGAAACAGCUUGUAAGAUUAAUUGUUGUUAUUUUGGACGCUUUUCAUUUUGAUCUUCGUCAUGCACAUUAUGAUAAACCACCAGUACAAGAAGAUAAAAAUAAAGUCUUUAAAAAGCGAAAAGACAAUAAAAAUAUUGUCCUUAAUGGGACACAUAUAAAUAAACAGAUUGAUACUAUUACCAAGAGUGAAAAUAAUCUCGAAACGUCUAAAACUGAAGAUGAAAUGGAAACUGAUGGUAUUAAAGAGUCGGAGGAUAAUAACGAAGAAGUUCUGGAAGAUCGUGAUAAUAACCAAGAGGAGGACGAGGAAAAAGAUGUCGAUGAAUUCCUUGAAAGUGAAGAUGAAGUUGAAGAUGAAGUAGAGGAAGAUGCCGUUGAAGAAAAAUUAAAAAUAGUAGAGAAAGUUACUAUUUUAUGUAAAUCGACAGCUACUAGGAUUGUUCGAACAUUUGAGGUGGUCCUCAUUCCAAAAUUGCACAAAUCUCUUGCGGAAAUGACGCAUCAUGAAAGUUCGCAUAAAGUAAAUAGAAAGAAGUUAGGAUUCGAAAGAGAAGAGGAAGAUCUGUUACGUGUUCCGAUUUCUUUGGCAUUGGUUAAGCUAUUGCAAAAGUUGCCAGAAAGUAUUUUGGAACAGAAUUUGCCAGGGGUAUUUAUGAAAGCAUGUACAUUUUUGAAAUCGCACCUCGAAAGUGUAAGAAAAGUGGCAAAAGAAACCCUUCAGAAGAUUAUGAUUACUCUAGGACCAAAAUACCUUUCAUUGCUCAUAGGUGAAAUGACACCUUUGUUAGGAAAAGGAUUUCAAGUUCACGUUUUAGUUUUCACCAUUCAUGGAGUUCUUAGUUGUUUGAAAGAGUACUACAAGCCGUCGGAUUUGGACCAAAUAUUGUUGACUGUGUUAGAUUUUUGUACUACUGACAUUUUUGGUACGUUAUCAGAAGAAAAGGAAGUCGCCAAGAUAGCUGUGAAAGUAGCCGAAGCUCGUCACUCAAAAUCGUACGACACGUUGCAAAUUUUAGCCCAGUACAUCACCGAAUCGUGCCUUCUUGACCUGAUCCUACCAGUUAAGAAAGUUCUGGAAAAAUCGCAUUCUUUCAAAACAGCUCACAAAGCGCAGGAAGCUCUAAGAUACAUUGCGUUAGGUUUGGUUGACAAUACUUUUGUACCUAUAGAAUCCCUAUUGAAGUUUGCUUACGGUACAUCUUCUAAAAGUAUCCCACAGUUAAUCCCUAAAGAACCGGCAAAGAAGACGGAGAAAGAAGUCGAAAAAAUGAGGAGGGAGAGAGAAGACUGCUUUAUAAUCCAAAAGAUAGCUGGAAACAGGGAUUUGUAUAGGUUACAAAAUGUUAAAACCUCGAUUAAAACCAACGCUCAUAUUCUGGUCGAGUUUGGAUUGAGAUUAUGCUUUGUAAUGCUGAAAAGAGAAAAAGUCCGCGACGAAAGUUACAAGAUGUUUAUUGAUCCGUUUAUAAAUGUUUUUAAGAAUUGUUUGAAGUCUAAACAUAUCAAGUUGAGCAGUCUGACAUUGCAGUCUUUGGUAUGGGUGAUGAAAUAUGAUUUACCUUCGUUGAAGCUCCAUAUCAAGUCUAUCGUGAAGGAGAUCUUUGCAAUUUUACAUAAAUAUGCUUCUGCCGGACUCAGUAAAGGAGAUAAUUUCGAUUUGGUUGUGGCUGCUUUUAAGGCUAUGGCUGUCCUAGUCAGAGAAGUUAAGUACCACAGCAUAGACACUAACCAACUUAAAAUCCUGCUUUUGUACGUUGAACAAGACAUACACGAUUACGAAAGGCAAGCCACAGCAUUUAAUUUGCUAAAAGCCAUUUUGUCCAGGAAAAUAGACGCUCCUGAAUUAAGUGAUGUUAUGCAAAAGGUAGCAGAGCUCAGUAUAGUUUCAGAAAUGGACCACGUUAGAGCUCAGUCCAGAGCUGUUUUUCAUCAAUAUCUUAUGGAUUAUCCGUUGGGAAAUACUUUGGAGAAGCAUUUGGGUUUUUAUAUCUCUCAGUUAGGAUAUGAGCUCAGAUUUGGAAGAGAAUCUGCGAUUGAGAUGAUUAUGACUUUGAUUAAUAGUUUUCCAUUGGAAGUACUCAAGUCACACAGCGCGACAUUACUUGUAACUUUAGGAGCUAGGCUAAUCAAUGAUGAAGAACCUGAGUGUAGAAAGAGAAUAGCCGAAUGUAUAUCUGCCAUGUUAAAAAAGCUGCCAAAAUCAGAUCGAGAUCCUUUGUUCGAAAUUGUAACCACGUGGCUCAAGGAUAAAAAUGUUAACCACAGGAGACUUGCCGCACAAAUCUGUGGUAUAUUUGUUACCAUAGAAAAAUCCAGCUUUGAAACAAGACUGUCAAGUGUCACAUCCCUAUUAUUAAAACAGUUUGGUAUCGAUAAUACUCCCGGAAGACUAGUAAGGAUAAAUAAAAAAGAAGAAACGUUUACAGAAGAACAACAACGUUCAAAAGAUCACCAUCUCUUCCAAGUACUUCAGCUGCUUUUAAAACUGUCCGCAAACUGUCCAUCUUUGUUCAAGGAUACAAAUCUAAUUGAAAAUUUGGCCGUACACAUUCAAACUUUGUUGGCGUACCCUCACGAUUGGGUUCGGUUAGGAUCGGCGCAAUUUUUAGGUUAUGUUUUGGCGCAUUUGGAUAUUGACCAUAUAACAGAGUUAUUGAUGUCGGACACGUCAGAUGAAAGCGGGUAUUUGUGCAGCGAUCCUACAAACGCUGUUAAGUCUUUGACUUUGGAUCUGUGUGAUCAACUCCAGCCAAAGAAUGUUAAAAGUGAUCUGGCUGAGCAGGUAGUCAAAAAUCUCGUCUUCAUAGCUAAAUUGUUGCAAAAUCUUCCAGUGUCAGAGAGUAAACCAAAUCUGUUGUGGUUGACAAAACGUAUGCGCAAAAUAGUCAAUACGGAAAUAGUGGAGAAUGCUGUAAGUACAACAUUGAGGACUGAAGUGUUUAAAUGGAUAGCCGGAGUUGCUGCAGCUGUAGAAAUUGAAAAUAUUUUACCUAUACUACAUCAUUUAGUAGCACCAUUGGUACGAGAAUUAGCUACUACAGAAGAGAAAAAUGCUCCCUUGAGGCAUCUAUCCAAAGAAGUAUCAACUCUAAUAAAAGCAAAAGUCGGCGUCGAAAAGUAUACUGAGACUAUAACGAAACAACAGCAAUAUCUAUCUAUUAAGAGAGCAGAAAGAAAACGGUCGAGAACGCAGCUGGCUGUGACCGAUCCAGAGAGUUUCGCCAAAAAGAAAAUCAAGAGACACGAGAAGAAGAAAGAUGCCAAGAAAAGAAAGAUAGAAUCGUUGAAAGGAACAAAGAGGAAUUUUAAGCGGCGAAAAACUACGAUUGAUUUAGAAAGUUCCGAAAUUAUUUAA